AUGUCAAAUUUAAUACUAAGCAUUGUCGAAGGCCUCGGGCAAGAUUAUUUAGUAGAUAAGGCAAAUGAAUAUGCAGAAGAACAUUUCCAGCCUGUCAAGGAUCCAUUUUAUGAAAAGAUAAAGUUACCUAAUGGUGAAACAAAAGAAAUUAGACGUAAGUUGCCAAAGGGUUUUUUUGGAAAGAAGGAAUCUAAGGCAUGGAAAUCUAUACAAAAUAGGGCCUGGAUGCAUGAUAGAUCUAUGUGUGGGUACUGUUGUUGGACCGAUACUAUAGGCUGGGCACCAUUAUUAGCAUUAUUGCCUCUUAUUGGGCCUAGUAUCAUGUACUUAAUUCAUAAUAAACUUAUAACUCAAGCGGAUAAAUCAUUUAGGCUACCAUUAGAAUUAAAGGCAAAGAUGCAUGGAAAUAUUAUGGUAGAUCUUUGUAUAUCAUUAGUUCCAAUUCUGGGAACAUUAUUUUCAUGGUUGCAUGCCUGUUCUACUAGGAAUGCUGCUAUGGUGUAUAAUUAUAUUGUUCAAAGAGCCCUGGAGCAGAAUCAGACGACACCCCAAGGAAUGGAUAAUAGUCGACCGCCAAUGACCCAACCCAUACAGAAUAGACAACAGAAACAACUAUAUCAAACUAGAAAAACAAAUAAUUAUGAAAGUAACCGUGGUUACCAAUAUAAUAAUAGAAACAAUUAUUCUGAUGAUAAUAAUAAAAAGAUCAACCCUUUUGAAAUGGAAAACUUGGGUGAUGAGCAUAACAGUACUAAUAGGAAUAAAAAGCAGUCAUAUAUAAAUGUUCCUACAGUACCACCAAAAGUCCAGUAUAGAUCGAAUAACAAUUCUUUGUCACAAAAACAGCUACGAUUACCGAUGCCUCAACGAAUCUCGUUACAAAGGGAGCAAAGAUUAAAUCAACAACAAGUGUAUUAUGAUCGUCACAAUGUUGAUAGUCCUUUCGGUGCUCAAUAUUGUCAAAGGAAACCAGAUUUGCCGUACCCAUCAGACAGGUAG